AUGCCUGGCUGCCACAUCAACCGAGUGCCUGGACGGCGUGCGGCAUGUGUAUUGGCAUUGUUGAUUUGGCAGUGCAGGCCUUGUGGCUUCGCAGAGACAGGUGCCUCUGUGGACAAGCGCGUCUGUGCGCGAUUUGUCGCAGCCCGACCAAGGCAGCCUCGCCUGCAAUCUUUGGUGGGUCGCGCGGCUGGUGCUGGAGACGAGGUCGAGGGCUUGCUGCUGGAGGAGAAGUUAGGUGCUGGCUCAUUCGGCACGACGUGGAAGGCCACCGUCAGUGAGCGGUGCGAGGUGCCGGACUUGUCGAAAGGGCAGAAGGUGGCCCUGAAACUCGUCAAGCUGGAGGAGGGUUGGACCACUUUGGACAAAUUUGAGCGCGAAUCGUCGGUCUUGCAGAGGCUGCGGCAUCCUGCAGUCCCCUCAUACUAUGGCAGCGUGGUUAGAGACCGUCCCAAUGGUCAAGACUUCGGCCUGGUGUGCAAUAUUGUCAACGGCAACACACUUGAAGAAGAGCUUCGCACUGGGCGUUGGGUCGCAACAGUGGACAAUGUCAAGUUGCUGGCAGAGACCCUUCUGGAGGUAUGUGUCCACCUGGCCAGCUUCGCCCCGCCGAUUGUGCACAGAGACAUCAAGCCCCAGAAUAUCUUGCUGGAGGAGCGCUUCAGUCGUCGCAAGCAUGAUGGAUGCUUCCCGAAGCGGUCGAUCGAAUACUGCUUGCAGUCGCAAAAUAUCGCCCCAGAUGAUAUCAGCAUCGUCGCGCAUGGCUGGCUGUUCGAUGGAGAUGACUUGACAAAACGGCUUGCGGCGGAGCCGGUGGAGGUUCAAAAGCAGAUGCGCUGGAUGGCCGAGAAAUUUCGCAAUGUAGAUUUGAACGUGGAAGCGCGGCUUCGGUCAGGCUUACAAGCCCUGGGAAUCCCUGAAGCUCGCUUACGAAUGUAUGAUCACCACAGCUGUCAUGCUGCCGCCGCUUUCUUUGCCUGGCCAGCGCGCCUGACAGCCGAUUGCUAUGAUUGCUGUUGUGUUACUUUGGAUGGGCGUGGAGACUACGCAUCUGGCAAGAUUGUGAAAUUUCAGGGGAAACCCACCGUCCUUGACGUGACUUCCAUGUUUGACAGCCUUGGUAUGCUCUGGGCCUUUGUGACUGCUGCCCUGGGUUUCAAAGCUUUCCGUCACGAGGGCAAGCUGACAGGCUUAGCUGCUCACGGGGACGGCAGUCGUACGCGGCGUCUGUUCGAGAAAGUGAUGGGGCUGGUAGAAGAUGGAGGCCUCUGGAGGAUCAGAGUUUUCUGGCAAGUAGAGGAGACGCAGAAUUUCAUGCUGUUUCUGGCCAGCUUGGAGGGCUCAGCAGCUGAAAGGCGAGACCUUCGGACUUUCGCUCUUUACCAGGAGCUGCAGCAGCACCACCCGAAGGAUGUCGCCGCAGGUUUGCAAACAUUCACAGAGGAUCUUCUGCUGGAUUACUUACGGUUGAACAACUUCGUCAAGCGGUACAUCUGCGUUGCUGGUGGUGUCUUCGCCAAUGUGCGGCUGAACCUGCGGCUGCGGCAGCGUUUCCAGGAUGUGACCCAGGUCUCCGUCUAUCCCAACAUGGGGGAUGGAGGGCUCUGUUUUGGAGCUGCAGCUUUGGCAGCUUCCGACGCAGGCCAGCAGGUGUCCUGCCCGAAAGGCAGUGUUUUCCUGGGACCCGAUUUCUCCACAGAGCUUGGUGGCAUUCUGCGGCCUGUGUCCGCCUUCAGUGGGUCGGAGAUAAUAAAUUUAGAAGACUUUGCAGAGGAGGUGGCGGCUUAUCUGGCAAAGGGCAAAGUCGUGGGGCUGUACGAGGGUGCCAUGGAGUUUGGCCCGAGAGCUCUUGGGCAUCGCUCUUUGCUGGCUUCUGCAACAGACCCCGCCAUCAACUCGGACUUGAAUGCACGCUUGGGGCGGACGGACUACAUGCCAUUUGCCCCUAUGACGUUAAGAAGUUUUGCUGGGCAAGCGUAUUCGGACUUUCCUAUCGAGGACCUAGAAGCCGGGCGUCAUAUGACGAUGUGUUAUGAAGCCACGCCGGAGUUGAAGAAAAUGUGCCCUGCAGUCGUGCAUGUGGAUAACACAGUGAGGCCGCAAGUCGUGGACGAACGUGACGGACUAGCUUAUCACGUUUUGGUGCACUACGAGGCAAAGACCGGCAUGCAUAGCCUCAUCAAUACUAGCUUUAACAUGCACGAGGAUCCGAUUGUCUGUACUCCGAAGGAUGCCAUGCACGCCUUCGAGAAGGGUGCAUGCGAUGUCCUGGCAGCUUUCCCUUUCUUGAUCUGGAUGCCAAUGUCAGCUGGAGACAGUGCAUCAUCUGGGUACGAAGAGCGAAAGCGGCACCUGCUUGGCGGCCUGCUCAUGCCUGGCCCUGCACAUCCCUGCGUGGAGAGAGCGAACCAGGACAGCCGGGCCAAGGGCACAUUCUGCACACUUGCACGUGACCAAGACUCCUUGCUGCCAGAACUGCGGUCCGACCUCUACAGUGUUGGCGCGACUCUGUUGUAUGCUGCGACGGGGUUGGAGCCUGGGACGCUGCCGCAAGAACGCCUCAAGGUGAAAUUUCGCCAAGCCUUCGUGGGCACAGUGUGGGAGAAACAGGAGCGCUGGUUUUUGAAGUUGCUGGAAGGACUGCUGGAACCCGCGCCCGAAGAUCGGUUCAGCUCCGCUGCGGAGGCCUUGAGUUUCCUGCGGCAGCCGACAGAGGCCUCACUUUCACCACUAGGCCCAGGCCCAGGCCAGGCGACGAGCGUCGUCAAGAGCCAGGUUACUUUGGAGCCUCCGCGUGGGUCUCUAAUAACUGUGGACAGACGCGGAGAGGAGCUGAGGGUGUUGCUUCCACCUGCUAGAUGGGAAUCACGAGUUUCAUUGGGCUCUUUCGGAAUAGCCUGGACGACUUUCACUGCGGUUUGGACAGCAGGGGUGAUUGCCGCUGGUGCCUCGUUUAUGGCACUCUUCAGUCUUCCCUUCUGGACGGCAGGCGCUGGAAUGCUGAAGGAAACCUUCGGCCCUCUUCUACGGGGAGCAACAGAACUAAAAAUUGAUGGUGACCGGUGGACAUUCGGCCGAGUAGAUGGCAAGGUUCUCGAAGAAGGCCGAACAGCCGAUCUCCAGUGCUUUGUUUCGACCAAUGGGUCCACUGGAGGCAAGGAUGUGGUGCUGGAAGAGGGCCUGGUGAGCGUGAAAGUGCAGGAAGGCCUCCCCGAGGUGGAGGCUCAAUGGCUCCAGGCAUUGAUUGAGAAGCACAUCGAGCGCUACAAGUGA